AUGUCUGCUGCCAGCUGCUCAGAGCAACAAACUCCCAAACCAGAAGACAAGAUGUGCAUGAAGCACGAUAAACCUCUGGAGCUGUUCUGUAAGACCGACCAGACAUUUGUCUGCAUGCUCUGCUCUGUUUUAGACCACAAGUCACAUGAUGUUGUUCCUCUGAAAGAAGAAUAUGAAGGAAAGAAGGCAGAGCUGGGGAAGACAGAGGCUGAAAUUCAGGAGAUGAUCCAGAAGAGACGACUGAAGAUUCAAGAGAUCAAACAUUCAGUUGACCUCAGUGAGGAAGCUGCAGACAGAGAGAAAGCAGAAGGUGUUCAGGUCUUCACCGCUCUGAAGGAGUCUGUUGAGAGAAGCCUGAAUGAGCUCAUUGAGACGAUUGAAGAGAAGCAAAGAACAACAGAGAAACAGGCUGAAGACUUCAUCAAAGAGCUGGAACAGGAAAUCUCUGAGCUGAAGAAGAGAAGCUCUGAGGUGGAGAAGCUCUCACACUCUGAAGACCACCUCCACCUCCUCCAAAACUUCCUGUCCCUGAAAGCUGCUCCACCCACCAAAGACUGGACAGAGGUCAGCAUCCGUCCAUCAUAUGAGGGGACUGUGGUGAAAGCUGUGGCUCAGCUGGACGAGAUGCUCAGUAAACAUAUGAAGAAGCUGUUUGAGGCUGAGCUGAAGAGGGUCCAGCAGUAUGCAGUGGAUGUGACUCUUAAUCCUGAUACAGCACAUCCUAAACUCAUCCUGUCUGAUGAUGGGAAACAAGUAUAUGAUAGUGAUGUGGAGAAGAAACCCCCCAAAAAGUCAGAGAGAUUUUUAAAUUAUACAAAUGUGUUAGGAAAGCAGAGUUUCUCUUCAGGCAGAUUUUACUUUGAGGUUCAGGUUAAAGGGAAGACUGAGUGGAAUUUAGGAGUGGCCAGAGAGUCGGUUGACAGGAAGGGACUAAUGGAACUGAAGCCUGAGAAAGGUUACUGGGCUAUACUUUUGACAAAUGGAAAUGAGUACUUUGCUUGUAAUAACCCUUUAGUCGAUCUUUCUCUGAAGUCUCCUCCUCAGAAGGUGGGGGUGUUUGUGGAUUAUGAGGAGGGUCUGGUCUCCUUUUAUGACGUAGAUGCUGCAGCUCUUAUCUACUCCUUUACUGGCUGCUCCUUCACUGAGAAACUCUACCCAUACUUUGGUCCCUGUCUUAAUAAUGGUGGUAAAAACUCCGCCCCUCUGAUCAUCUGUCCUGUCAAUCAAACUGAGUAAUCAGCCGUUUUUAUUUUAUGAGAGCGAAUAUAAACAUUCAGUGUCUCAUACUGUGCACUUUGAUUAUUAAGAACUUUUUUUCAAGAGUAUUUUAUGAAUCCCAUGAAAAGUGAGAACUUUAUUCAAAUUGAAAACUAUUAAAACUUCUGAUCACAUUCACACAACUUUUACAAAGAAACCAGAAGUUUCAGUUUUGAGUUUAAACAUUUUUUGUUAAAUAUCUUUGCAAAUAUGAGGUUUUACUGCUAUUAUUGGCUCAAUAUAACAUUAAACAAUAUUUUUGGUUCUUGGAAAUUUCUACAAUGUUCUGACCAAUCAAAAAGAUAAUAGAGAGAGGUUAAUUUUAAUGGCAAUAAUCAUUAGCUGCAGCGCUACUUGAUUAACAGAAUAUAUAUUUAUGUAUAUUUUUUAAAUUUGAGUAUAUGUUAGUGUUCAUUAUUUAUGUUUGAGGUUUGGUUCGUUAUCUGCCACUUUGCCAUUUUCUGUUUGUUUAAAUACUGAUGAUAUUGAUUGACAGCUGUUUUAUUUCAUGAGAGCAAAUAUAAACAUUCAGUGUCUCUGUGCAUUGUUCAACUCCUGAUCAAAUUCACACAAUUGUAUUCUCAUUACUAGUUAAAAUCAAAGUUUACAAAGAAACCAAAAGUUUCAGUUUUGAGUUGAACAGUCUCUGGCACCAAAUAUGAGGUUUUACUGCUAUUCUCUGCUCUGUAUAAUAGAAACUGAAUAUGUUUUGGUUCUUGGACUUUCUAUCCUUUUCUGACCUUUUAUGGAGUAAAUAGAAUAUAUGUUCAUGUAUAUUCUCUAUAUUUGAGGUUUGGUUUGUUAUCGGCCACUUUAGCAUUUUCUGUUUGUUUGAAUACUGAUGAGAUUGAUCAUGAUUUAAAGUAAUCUGUAAAUAUGUGAUUGUAAAGAAACCAACUGUAAACUAAACUAGGUGUGUAGUUUUAAUGUGAUGCUUUAACAACAUGACCUGAGUAAGCAGUGACUUGUUGAACACCAAACACUAAAAAUAAAGCCUGGUUUAC